AUGAAUUGCAAAGAAUCUCCAUUGACAAUCAUACCACAGCGACUGUUACUUGUAGUCUGGAACAUUCGGACAAGAAGCAAGAGGAGAAAGAAGGAUAAUGAUAAAGACGGGUUUGUAAAAAAGGGCUCUUUGCCACACAACUAUCUCUGUUGGAGAAAUUACAGAGUCAAGAAACUAGAGGUUUUAGGAGAUGGAAACUUAUAUCCGUUUAUGGCUUUCUUGUUAGAUGCUUUUUUGCUUCCACCUAGCAGUGAAAGGAUUUCAGAGAAGAAAAUUGGACAGGAUUGGAAGAAAAUGAUCAGGCAACUGUUAUUGUCUUUCUUGUUGAUCCAAACCACUCUAGUGGCUGCCAGAGGCAGGGGAAGACGCCACCCUGCUGUUGUUCCCCCUCCUGCAAAAAAGUGGCUAACUCUAAAUGGAGGUGAGCCUGUGGUAGUAGCCAGGGGUGGAUUCUCUGGAAUUGCACCAGAGUCCAGUUUACCCGCUUAUUCUACGGCACAGCAGACGAGCUUGGCUAGCACGAUCUUACUCUGUGAUCUCCAACUUACAAAGGAUGCACAGGGCUUUUGCCAGUCUAGUCUGAACCUUCAAAAUGCAACAACUAUUGCUACAGCUUUUCCAGACUUGAAACCAAGAACCUACAACAUAAACGGAAAGAAUGUGGAAGGAUUCUAUGGGGUGGAUUUUUUGGCAGAUGAUCUACUCAAAAACGUUUUCUUGGUGCAAAGCAUUUACUCAAGAUCCCCUGGUAUGGAUGGUUCAUACCCUCUGUUGACACCCUAUGAUGUUGUGGGCAUGCAAGGUCCUCCUCCAGUACUAUGGAUGAACGUCGAGUAUCCUAGUUUCUACGACGGACUGAAACUCAGCGCAUCAGCAUUUAUUAUAGAUACCAUGAGAGACUUGAAUCCUGCAUACAUUUCAUCACCAGAGAUUGGAUUCUUGAAGGGCUUAGUAGGAAAGGUGAACCCGGCAAAGCUCAUUUUUAAGAUUCCGGACAUAAACGAAGUUGAACCUACAACGAAGAAGACAUAUGUUACACUGCUGUCAGACAUAAAUAUGAUCAAGACAUUUGCAUCCGGGAUUAUUCUUCCAAAAGAAAGCAUAUGGCCCGUAGAUAGUGGAAGGCUAUUGCUGCCUGCUACGAGUUCUGUAUCUGAUUUCCACAAAGCAGGUGUUGAAGUGUAUGCUUCUGGCUUUGCAAAUGAUGACUACUUAAGUUAUAAUUAUAGCUAUGAUCCAACCAAGGAGUAUCUGCAGUUUAUAGACAAUUCUCAGUUUUCGGUUGACGGGGUAAUUACGGAUUUCCCUGCCACCGCAUCAGAGUCCAUUGCAUGCCUAGCCCAGAACAAGAAUGCUCCCAAAAUUGUAAAAGCACUGAUAAUAUCUGACGACGGAGCAAGUGGAGAUUACCCUGGGUCGACUGAUCUUGCAUACCAGAAAGCCAUAGAUGAUGGAACCGAGAUAAUCGAUUGUUCUGUUCAACUGUCCAAGGAUGGAACCGCCUUCUGCUUGCCUUCUGCUGAUCUUAUAGGGACAACCACUGCAGCAUCUCUUUUCAUGGACCGAUCUACCAGGAUACCUGAAAUUCAAGAUAAGAAUGGAAUAUUCUCCUUUGAUCUCACUUGGACUGAAAUUCAAUCACUCAAACCUCAACUUGCAAGCGUUUUUGAUGGCCCUCUUGCUCGAAACCCUGCAAACAAGAAUGCAGGAAAGUUCGUUACUCUUAAUGAAUUCUUGGAUCUUGCUAAGAAAAGGGCAGUUACAGGAGUUCUAAUUAACAUUGAAAAUGCUGCCUAUCUAGCAUCAAACAAGGGUCUUGACAUUGUUGGUGCUGUCACCACUGCCUUGAGCAACGCCACAUUGGAUAAGCAAUCUACUCAGAAAGUUUUGAUUCAGUCAGAUGACAGUUCAGUGCUUUCGAAGUUCCAGGACAUCAAGACUUACCUAAGAGUCUUGGCCAUCGACAAAGAUAUAAGUGGUUCAACCCAAGAAACAGCACAGGAAGUCAAAAAAUAUGCUGAUGCUGUUAAAGUGUUCAGAAAUUCUAUUGUUCUGGACUAUCCAAACCCCGUCUUCAUGUCCUUGAAUUACAGCAACCUUGUUGAAGUCAUGCAUGCUGCCAACAUCUCGGUGUAUGUGGGAAUUCUGAGAAAUGAGUUCCAAAACUUUUUAUUUGAUUACUACGCUGAUCCUUAUGUCGAACUCGCCACUCUUACUCAGAAAGGAGUGGAUGGAAUCGUAACUGACUACCCUGCCACAGCAAAUGCAUACAUGAGUAAGCAUUUUUAUUUAUCAAUUUACAUGAGCAAGUUUUACUACCACUUCAGCAUUUUUAGGAAUUUAUCAAGGCCACCAUAUGGUUUCUUUUCUUCUAUUUUUUGGCCUAACCUGGAAAUCAUCUCUAUCAUGAUACAUCUAUUACUGAAGUAUGGAAGAGAAAUUUCCUCUGAUCUCUACAAUGAAAUUAAAUGA